AUGAGAAGAGGUCAGCCACCUGUGACAGAAUUCAAUAUUGUGCGAGUGAAUGCCGGAAUAUCGGUUCCAUUUGGAAGAUCCGUGUACGUUGAUCCGGAAUUGGAUUUACAUAUCAGUGUGCGACCUGGUGACAGGUGUACGGUUAGAGUAAUACAGAACGAUCCAUUGUCUCAGAGGCCGGGAAAAUUGAGUCCGACAAACUUUCCGUGCCAGUUUGGACAAGAAGAUGUGCAAUAUUCUCACUAUGGAGCUAGGAGUCCAGCACAGGAUAAAAUUAGGUUGAUGAUCCGUUAUGACUCCAGUGAUGACACUUUCAUCAUACCCGUAAUCAUUAAUGUACAGGUUCUUUUUGAGCAACUGGAGGUCGUCACGAAAAAUAUUCCUCUCACCGUGGAUAAACUGGGUGGUGUCAGCAAUCCGAUUGACAACCGCGUCCUGCAGUUCACUUACGACAGAGGACAACAGCUGUGCAAAAUAUCAAUUCUAAAUGCUGCAAGUGGACUUCCAGCUUACGGUGAACUAGUCAAUGAUACAUCAAAUGGGUUUAUGCAAGACUGUGAUGCCUUAUUAAAAGCAGAUAUCAGAUACCAUCAUACAUCUCCAAAUGAGACCCCAAAUCGGGAUUACAUUCCAAUGGUGGUAGAGCUCAAUGACUUAGAAGGCAACUUAAUUAAACAAGAAUAUUUCCAAAUGAUGGUUCGAAUUCGUGAAGGAGAAGAUAAUACUCCACCACAACUCAGCUUCAGUGCUUUAUUAUUGAUGGACGUUAAUCAAUUUGUCAUGACGGCAAUAACUCCCAAUAUUCUCAUAGCAGAAGACCACGAGACUCCGUCUGACAAGCUCAUUUUCAACAUCACAACGCCAUUAGGAAUUGGAGAAGGUUCCAUUGUAAGUACAGACGAUCAAAACAUACCGAUCACUUCCUUUUAUCAAAAGGAUUUGAAUGACCUUAAAAUUGCGUACAAGCCACCAGCAUCAGAUUCUGACGUCAGGCGGUUCUACUUGGUGGAAAUGGAAGUGGUGGACUCAGAUGGAUUAACUUCUGAGCCAUUUAGUUUGACAAUAGUAGUGAAUCCUAUGAACACUCUCGCUCCUUUAGCAACUAAAAAUGCAGGGUUACUGCUGUUCGAAGGACAAUCUAGACGGCUGCAAAGCUCAAAAAACUUGCAAAUCUCUGACGAGGACAAUAUAGAUGAUGUGGUAAUCACCGUUGUGGGUGGAAUGAAACAUGGACGGUUAUUAUUGAUGGGAAAUCCAGUGAAGCAUUUCACCCCAGGUGAUUUGGAAUCUGGAUUGAUAGUAUAUGAACAUGAUGGUAGUGAUACUUACAGCGACAACAUAAUAUUUCGACUAAAUGACGGACAGCAUCAAGUCGAGUUUUUAUUUCCAGUGAUAGUGUACCCAGAAGACGAUGAUGCUCCUAUCUUGAACGUGAAUACUGGUUUAACAAUAACAAGAGGAGAAGAAAUUGAAAUAACUCCAUUCGUACUUAGCGCUACUGACAUUGAUAGCGAUGAUUCUUCUAUUCGAUUCAUUUUAUCGCAGCCACCACCUUCAGAAGGAAAAAUGCUCAUGAAACGAAGUGAUAUUCCUGAAGAUCCUGAAAACUGGAUGUAUGAUGACGGUUUCUACGAAAAAGAUAUUUCCUCGUGGACUCAGCAAGAUCUUAUUGAAGGAAAUAUAUUCUAUCGGCACUCAGGGAAUCAUAUUCCUAAUCCAGUAAUAGAGCGGUUGAGAUUUACACUUAGUGACGAUAACAUUCCUCCAAACGAAUCUCAGGUUCAAGAGUUCGUUAUAAGAAUAAUGCCUCUUGAUAAUAUUCCACCUGAGUUACAUCCAGACAGUCCAUUACAGAUGACUGUUGAAGAAUUUCAAAUAACUGAUAUCACAAGGCAGCAUUUGCGAUACACAGAUUCUGACACAAGAGAUAGAGAACUUAUUAUUAAGAUUACAAAGCCACCUUAUGACACGGAUGUAAAUAAUCCAAUGAACCCUGGUAAAAUUGUUUUAGCAGAAAACCCAGACAUAGAAAUAACAGAAUUUAAUCAGGCUCAAAUCAAUCAUCAUAAAAUUGCCUACAAACCACCUGAAAGCGAACUUGGUCUACUACCACGUAUUAUUCAUUUCAACUUCGAAGUAAAGGAUAAAGCAGGUAAUACACUUCCAGAUCAAGUUUUCCAAAUAUUUCUACAACCUGUUGAUAACAAACCUCCGGUUAUUCACAAUAAAGGAAUUGAAGUUUUUGAAAACGGAUUUACUGUUAUAACGCCAGAAGUUUUAAAUGCUGUCGAUGAAGAUACUGAUCCACACUUGAUAACUUUCACAAUUGUUCAAGCACCAAAGCACGGUACUUUACAGAUUGGAACUUUAGAAAUGGUUGAAGGAGAUUCUUUUGCCAAACCUGAUAUAGAAAAUAGCAUUGUAAGUUAUGUAAACAGUGGUUCUGAAAUGGAUAAAGAUAAUUUUUUAUUAGAAGUAACUGAUGGAACUCAUUCACUAACAGUAAGUGUAGACGUAUUAAUAAAAAAUAUUGACGAUGAGGCGCCAAAACUAGAAAUAUUUCCAGGAACAUUGGGAGUUCAUAUUGAAGUUGAAGAAGGCGGGAGAAGCUCCGUAACAAGCGAUUCCAUAAAGGCUUCUGAUCCAGAUACAGACGACCACAUGAUAACUUUCAUAGUUGAAGAUUUACCGCAUUUUGGUUCAAUUGAAGUUAAUGGCGUAGUUGUUGAUAGAUUUAAACAAGAGGAUUUGAAAAAUGGAAGAGUUUUUUACCUUCACAAUGGGAUAGAAAUCGGGAUGGAUUCUAUAGAAGAUUCUUUUAACUUGUCAGUAUCAGACAUGUCCAACGAUUGGAUUAUUGGAGGAAACGCUGUUGACCACAUUUAUGCUUCUGUACUUAUAAAACCUGUUGACAGUUCGGCUCCAACGGUAGAAGUUGGAAAUCCUCUUGUUGUUCUCGAAGGAAACAAAAGUUUAAUAACCCAGCAUCAUUUAAAUGCAACAGAUGCUGAUACUUUAGACGAAGACGUAAUUUGUACGUUAAUCGAACCUCCAAUUCAUGGCUAUCUUGAAAAUAUGGCCCCUUUCCCUGGUUCUGAGAGGAAAAGAAUUGGAAUUCCUGUAAAUUCUUUCACUAUAUCAGAUAUUUUCCAUGAUUAUAUUAGUUAUGUUCAGAGCAUCCACAAAGGGUCGGAGCCUAUUGAUGAUAAAUUUACAUUCUUUUGCUCGGAUGGCAGAAAUGAAUCUCCUGUACAUAACUUUUCCAUCCAGAUUCAUCCUACCAACGAUGAAGUCCCAGAAAUUUAUAUAAGAGAAUUCAUUGUUAUGGAGGGAACUGAUCUCAUAAUUGACUUACCUAUUCUAAAUGCCCUUGAUCUUGACAUCCCGAAAGAUAAGCUGAUUUUUAUAGUUACAAAAGAACCACAGCACGGCUUAAUUGCUUCUCAUAUGCCAACAGGUACAGUCGAAGUUCAAAACUUUACACUCGAACGCAUCGCAAGAGGAUCGACUAUAGUUUAUCAACACGAUGACAGUGAGACAACAAAGGAUGAGUUUGAACUAACAGUAACGGACGGCAUUCACAAUUCAAGCAAAACAUUACUGGUAAUGAUAAUACCUGUAGAUGACGAAACACCAAGACUAGUUAUUAAUGACGGAUUAGACGUCAAAAUAGGAGAAACAAAACUUAUUACGAAUCGAGCGCUCAAAGCUGAAGAUUUAGAUUCCGAUGAUGCUUCCAUUACGUACGUCAUUCGCCAAGUUCCAAAGCAUGGUACAAUAUCAUAUCUGGAUUUUUCUGGACUACCACUUUACAAUUUAACACAUGGAAUGAAUUUCACGCAAGCCGAUAUAGAUAAUGAGCUUAUAGCAUACACCCAUUCCGGCCUUGAUGGAGUGAGAGACAUAAUAAAAUUCGAUGUAACUGAUGGAUAUAACCCGUUUGUGGAUCGAUAUUUUUGGAUUACUGUUGAAAGUAUCGAUUCGGUUUACCCUGAUGUCAUUAACAAAGGAGUAGAGCUGCCCGAGGGUGGAAAAGUAAUACUAGAUACUAACACUUUAAGUACGAGUGAUCUUAACAGCAAUGAUGAACUUCUGCUGUUUACAAUUACAAGAGCCCCGACGAGAGGUCACCUAGAAAAUACCGAUUUUCCCGGGGUUCCUAUCACUUCAUUCACCCAGUUAGAUAUAGCUGGUAGUAAAAUAUACUACAUCCACACCAGUGAGGAUGAGAGUAAAGUGGACAGCUUUGAGUUUGAAGUAAGCGAUGGAUACAAUUCGGUUUAUAGGACAUUUAGAAUUUCCAUCACCGACGUAGACAACAAAAAGCCCAUUGUGAGGACUACGUUGUUGAAAGUGAAAGAAGGAGGUAAACGGUUAAUAACGCCGUUUGAACUAAAAGCUGAAGACAGCGACACUAGUAAAGAAAACAUCAAAUUCAUCAUCACGCAAUUACCAAUAAACGGUAAACUACUGAGGGGUAAAACUGCCGUCGUUAAUUCAUUUACCAUGGCAGACAUAAGUGAAAACUUGAUUUCGUACCAGCAUGACGGCUCAGAAACAUUAGAAGACUCUUUUUCUUUUAUCGUGACUGAUGACACGCAUUUUGAGUUUUAUUUGUAUCCGAACACCAACAAACCUCAGCGAAACCCAGCAACAAUGGAGAUUUUGGUUGUUCCUGUUGAUAAUAUCAUUCCUCAGCUCGUCAUAAAUCGUGGUGCCACAUCGAUAACCCCUUUAGAUAAUGGCGACAUUGGAUUUAUAUUUUCAAAGAAGACUCUCAGAGCAGAAGAUGUGGACAGUCCAGUUACGGAAUUGGUGUAUGUGAUGACCGAUCCACCAAAAUAUGGAAUUAUAGUUAACAGCAACCUUGGCAACGGAACUAUUUCCAACUUUACGCAAGACGACAUAAACCGAAUGAAAGUACGCUACGUUCUGAAUCCGAAUGAAAAUGCUACCAGUGAUCGCUUCCAUUUUAAAAUUGUAGACAAAGGGAAGAAUGAGUUAGCAGGCCAAAGUUUCUCUUUUAACUGGGCUUGGAUUAGUUUGGAGAAAGAAAACUACAUUGUUCACGAAACUGAUGCAUUUUUCUAUUUGACAUUGCAACGGAGAGGUUAUUUGGGGGAAACGUCCUUUGUGGGCUUGAAUCUGAAAAAUGUGACCGCAAAACAAGGUUUAGAUUUUGGUAGAUUAUAUGCGCAUCAAGUCCAGUUUAAUCCAGGACAAUCAGAAGCCAAUUGGAAACUUCCAAUAGUAGAUGAUGGAAUUUAUGAGAAAGAAGAACUCUUCAUCAUUGAAUUAGAAGACCCAGUACUUGCUGUUCUGGAAAAGCCUGCCAGAGCAGAAGUAAUAAUUUUUGACAAGGAAGAUGAAUCAUUUGUUUUUAUUCCUGAUGAUAUUUACGAAGUUGAGGAAGAUAUGGGACAUUUAGAAAUAUCAGUCAAGCGUAAAGGCGACACUUCAAAAGAAAUGAUGGUUAUUUGUUCAACUGCAUCAGCUUCUGCAAGAGGUACAGCAUCAAAAGCAGUUCUGUCGUUUUCAGAUUACAUUAGCAGACCUGAGGACCACACCAGCAUUAUUCGCUUUCUUCAGGGCGAGGAUCUCAAAUUUUGCAAGGUAACAAUUAUUGACGACUCGCUGUACGAGGAAGACGAAGAAUUUACAGUUAAGCUAACGACGCCAGUGGGUGGUAAAUUAGGCACUCACAACCAAACUGUAGUCAAGAUCGUAUCUGACCUCAAAGAUGUGCCGUCGAUUUAUUUUGGAGAUACAGAAAUAUUCGUGGAUGAAAAUGAUGGAUAUGCUGAAGUUUCGGUGUGGAGAACUGGGACAGAUCUUAACAAAUCAGCAACUGUUACAAUUCAGUCAAAGCCCUCUGAACCUGUUUCUGCUAAGCUGGGACUUGAUUACGUUGGCAUUGGAAAAAAUCUGGAGUUUUCACCUGGAACAACAAAGCAGACAUUUCGCAUCAUUAUUUUGGAUGAUUUAGGACAGCCCCAUCUGGAAGGACCUGAAACGUUUGAACUUGUUCUGCGCAUGCCCACAAAUGCCGUUCUCGGAACUCCGGAUAAAAUUACAGUUACAAUAAACGAUUCUGCUUCAGAUCUUCCCAAGUUUCAAUUUAAAGAUUCUUCAUAUACCAUAUUCGAAAAUGACAGUGUUCUGAACACGCUCAUCACUAGAACUGGCGAUCUCACACACUCGGCUGCUGUGCGAUGCUACACGCGACAAAAAUCAGCGAAGGCAGGAAUCGAUUAUGAAGAGCGGCCGAAUACCUAUGACAGCCUCAUUCUCUUCCAACCAGGAGAAACCGUAAAACCGUGCCAAGUGGUUGUGACCGACGAUUCCAUCUACGAAGGAGAUGAAGAGUUUCGGUUGGUUCUCGGAUCACCAAUCAGUGAUACUGCAGGGGGUGCUCAAAUAGGACAGAGGAAUGAAUCUCUCAUCACAAUAAAAGAUGACAGUGAUAAACCAGUUAUUCAGUUAGAAAAAAACAGAUACAGUGUAAACGAACCUCGGAAGCCUAAGGAUUCAACGACUGUAACCAUCUCUGUCAUAAGAACUGGAGAUUUGUCUAAGCUAUCCUUGGUGAGGAUUCAUACGAAAGACGGUUCGGCUAAGUCUGGAACUGAUUAUGUCCCGUAUUCUAAAGAAUUGCAAUUUAGGCCUAACGUAAGUCGUCACAUAGUUGAAGUCGAAAUUUUAUAUGACUUAGAAAAAGAACACAGAGAAGCUUUCACGAUACAUUUGAAACCGGACCGAAACAUGAUUGCAGAAAUUAAGGAGCCAAAAGCCAUCAUAUACAUUCAAGAACUGGACGUUGUAGCUGAUGUUACCUUUCCUACAAGGCCUAUAGUUGUAUCUCUUAGGGAUUAUGAUGAUGCCGAUAAAGCAUCUAAAGAACCGAUAUCUGGUUAUCCAGUCGUCUGUAUAACGCCAUGCAACCCUAAAUAUCCAGAUUUCUCGAAAACGGGUAAUAUUUGCAUCAAGGAAGGAAUCAACAACUCCCUGACGAUGUACAGGUGGAGGGUUUCUGCACCCAGUGGAAAAGAUGGCGUCACAAGCGAGUUACGAGACGUAGAAUCUACAACGUUUUUUGCUGACACGCACCUGAUCACACUUGACAGUAUCUACUUUACUGCAGGCAGUAGAGUGCUAUGUUCUGCCAGAGCUGUCAGCAAAGACGGGGAUCCAGGCCUGGAACUGAACAGCGUACCAGUGACUAUAUCUAGAGAAGGACUUUGUGCUCCAAAACUAGAAGGCUCAGUUGGAGCAGAACCAUUCACUGCAAAAAUGCGCUACACUGGUCCAUCUGAUCCAGAACAUCCAAACUUGAUCAAACUGACCAUCAUGAUACCGCACUGGGAUGGGAUGCUGCCAGUUAUUUCAACGAGAAGACUGACAAAUUUUGAGCUGAUACUCAGCCCCGACGGAUUACGUGUUGGCACGCAUAAGUGCUCCAAUCUUCUGGACUACAAGGAACUGCAGACCAGAUACGGAUUCAUCACCAAUGCCACGAAGAAUCCGAAUGUCGUGGGAGAAAUUGAACCGUAUCAGCUCAGCGCUGAAAUGAGAAGUGAGCCUACGCUGAGAUUUUAUCGUAAUUUAGACUUGGAAGCAUGCAUGUGGGAAUUUACGACAUAUUAUGACAUGUCCGAGCUGGUAAAUGAAUGUGGCGGCGACAUCGCCACUGAUGGCCAGGUUUUGAAUUUGGUGCAGUCAUAUGUGUCCGUUCGUGUACCGCUGUAUGUCUCGUACAUUUUUCAUUCUCCGGCAGCAACCGGUGGUUGGCAGCACAACGACCUGAACUCUCAACUAAGGCUCACUUUUGUCUACGACACAGCAAUUCUUUGGCAGCACGGUAUUGGUGCGCCCGAAGAAUCAUUAUUGCAAGGUCAUCUGUACCCAACUCGAAUGACGAUAGGACAAGACGGAAAGUUGCUGGUCAAUUUUCGAACUGAGCCAAGAUUUAAAGGACAAUUUGUGCUUAGUCAUAAAGAUUCGGGACAUGUUUCCAUGGUUAUGACUCCAGAACACCCAGAUCUUACGUUUACCUUAGAAUUGAUUCGAACAGAACCUACAUUUGCUCAACCCGAACAAGAAUGGCAAUUCGUGUCUGAUUAUGCGGUGCGAGAUUAUUCCGGUCUUUACCACGUAAAACUCAUCCCUUGUACAGUAACAGAUAACGUAGAAUUUUCAACUCCUCCGCUGUGCAAUCCUCGAGACCCUGUCAGCUUCGAUCUACACGUCCGGUUCCAACAAGUAACUGAUCCAGUACCAACGGAGUACAGCCUCAACACUCAGUUGCAUUUGAUGCGUAAAAGGGAUCUAUGGCUCAGCAACGGAAACAUGGGAUUUGGACAAGACAGCGAUGCCUCUUUUGUUGCAGGUGACACAGUCUACGGUCGGGUGAUGAUGGAUCCGACACAAAAUCUUGGUGAAUCCUUUAUCGUCAACGUGGAGAAGUGUUUCCUCUGCACUGGAGUGGACGGAUACGUUCCGAAAUAUGAUCCGAUCAACAACGAAUAUGGAUGCGUCACGGAUUCGGAGCAUUUGCUUUACUCCUUCAAGAUCAUUGACAAAGGAGCCCCAGGAUCUGUAGCAAAGCAUUUUCGCAAUGUGUCUUUCAAUGCUAUCCUUGCAUCUGAUGAUCCUAGUCGAGAAGUACAAAAGCUGAGGAAGCAAUCCAACUCCGAUGGAUUCCACUUUGAUUCAGCGCCAUUGUUUCAGGUUUCAUACGGUAGACAAUGGUUCGUCCAUUGCAUUUAUACAGAUCGAUCCAAAGAAAAAGCGGUUCGGGGCAUUGGAAAAAGAAGCAUCUCUAGCCACCGAAUCUCCAGGACUGGACUUCAUGAAAACAUUGAUGUUGGAUUGAAUGGCAGAGGCACCAACAUGAACAGACUUAUUCUCGAUUAUUCUGGUGCCAAAAGACAUGUGUAUUCCUCCACAAAUCGAAAACACCAAAACCCAGCAGUCACCGACAGCAACAUGUCUGGUGAAUCUCCGGUUUUGGUUGCCAUGUUGGGAAUAGUUGGUACUUUAUUGGUUAUUGCGGUAACAGUUUUAAUGCUUUCGAAGAGACAGAGGGUGUCCGAUUCUGAACCAAGAGCCAGAGAGUCUACAGUAGUAACUAGUCACCAUGGACGUGCUAGAGUGAUCAAUGUUAGACAGUAUACUUUAUCCAGCGAUGAACAUACGGAAGUGUGAUGUGCGACGAACUUUAGACUUGUGUUAAGUAUAUUGUCAUCCUGCCAGUAAGACUGAAAAAAAAAAUAUGUACCAAAAUUUAUGAUAACUUAUCCCAUUCAUUAAAUUCUUCAACAUUUGCGAUAAUUAAAGUUAUUGUUUAAUCCAGCGUUUCUUAACCCUUUUUGGCCCGCUCAACAGUAAACGUAAUUAAUGUUGCAGUUAUUGUACAAGUAUUGUAAAUAAAUCCUUGCGAAAAAUCAAAGGAAAGGUAGAAACAUAAUCUUGGAAUUCACUAGAGUGAAAAAAAGUAACAAGUGGCAUAUACGAACAGACUCAGCGGUGAACAAAAAUCAUCUAUUCAAGAUCCUAAAAUUAUGGCCUUCAAAAGGUUUUAAUUUAUUAUUUUAAAUCUAUUUCUAUGAUUAUUUUAUUUGGUUAUUUCUUUGAACAUGGAUACUUUUUUUUAACGCGAAGAGGUGUAAAAAUCCCUGAGAAACGCUCUAGUUUUUUGAAGACUAGUAUCCGUGCACCCUAGUAGAACAGAUGAUCGGUCCAAUGUUGGAAAAUGGUCGGAAUAGUAGGCAAACAGUUGGCUAGUUUCACCAGAAAUUAGCCAACAAUAUCCCAACCUUGCUGAACGUGGUUGCAACAGCAACAUUGCCCAACAUCGAUACCACGAUGGGAAAAAUUACGAUGAAAAUUAAAAACGGCAGAAAGUUUGGUCAACGACUAGUCAAAAAAACCCACCCACAGCUAAUAUGUGGUUAACAGAAACAACAAUGGCCCGGUGUCCCAGCACAGUUUACAGGUGGGAUUUUAAAAAUAAUAAUAAAAACUAAUAAAAAAUGGAAUUGGCUGGUUAGCUUGGCCAACAAUUAUCCAGCAAAAUCCGAAAGUUAGGUUCAUGCAGGCAUGCAGAAAAACUUGGUCGGAUCGUCGUUGGUUCAUUUGUGAGAACUUCGUUGACGAAGUUCAUGUGCGAAAACUUGGUCGAUCCAUUGAUCCAUUGUAGGAAUCUCUGGUUUAAACAAUUGCAUACAUAUGCUCGCAAUUAUUGAAGAAUUAGUCUUUAACAAGAAACUGAUUCAAAUAAUUCCUUCAUUGUUUCAUGUUGUGAAAUGAAAAUAUUAUACAUAAUGAAUUUCUCGUUUUUAAUCAUCACGCCUUGCACUUGUUUUUCUAUUAUAAAAAAAAUAAAUAAAUAAAUAAAAAAAGUUCAAAGAAUUUAUAUCAGUUUUUAAUAUACAGUUUCAGAAGGAUCAAAAGUUUGUUUUUGAAUUCGUGUAAAAUUUUAGUUAUUCCAAGAAUUGAACUAUACAUGUAUUACUUCUCUAUAAUUUGUGUUCUGAAAGUUAAAUUCAAUAUUUCCUUUUUCAUUUAUUAGAUGUACGCGAUUUAAGGUAAGAAAUGGAAUUUCCGCUAUAUACUCAUGAAUUGUUUUUGUUUUUUUCGUUGAAAAAUAUACAAGCUUGUGUCAAGAUACUAUGUUCAAAUUUAAACAAUUCACGAAUGAAUUUUAUUUAUUCAAGAGUGAUUUUACCGAGUUGUAUUAUUUCUCUCUGUUUUGUAUUUUGGAACUGAA